GAAUGUGAUCUCUGAUGGUAGGAUCAGUAACCUGAAGAACAAAACUGGUACUUUGGGCUCAUUUUAACAUUUAAUUAUAAUUCUUAAUUUGAUUAUUUUUUUCUCACUGACCAAAUUUAUUUUAGGAGUGUAUUUGUCUGGGACCUAUGCUAGCUGAGGUUUCCUAGGUACGUUUUGUGACUUGAAUGCAGAAUUUUGAUGAAAUCUGGAUAGAUAGAUUGGGGUAGGAAAUAUCUUCUCUAAAGUACUUAUUAGGUCUGGUUGAGUAUGUAGAGCAGAACUCAAGAGCAGGCAAAUCACUUCCAGGAAACAGUCCAGAAAAACAGCUCUGUAGCAGGCAUCUCUUGACACCACAGUAUAUUCUGGGUAGCUGCUCUGCAGUAAUGCAGCCCUUUCUUUCUGGGCAGUGUUGUUAUUCCUGCUGCAUAAUUAGCAACUAGUGAGAUCAUAGUCUGGGGAGACUCUGGCAUUACUGAGGCAAAGCAAGGGAGGCUUCAUACCUCAUCACACAUGGCUACGGCUCUGACAGCAUUUCUGCGAAGCAGAUUCGUGUCCUGCUGGAACUUAAGUCCAAAGAAAGAUGUGGGAGAAAGAUUUGUACCUUGGAGGUGGAAUAUCACAGAUUCCUUGGUUGUGUGACAGCCUGUUGAAAACACUGCCUGCCAUAUUGAUGUGACCAGAAUAAACUGUCACUUCUUUUGCUAUUUGUUUCCCCUUCCUGGUUUCUUUACAGAGGGCAAAAAUUAGUAAAGCUAAGUUUUCAUUUGCACAGAGGAUGAUGAUAGACCAGAUAAGCCCUAUUUUAUGGAGUGGUACAAGACUGGGAAAGAUUCUGGGUCUUGAAGCCAGUGCAGAGUCUAAUUUUCCAUCCAUUCUUUAGUACCAAACUUGACCUUUUUAGGAGCCUGGUGAGAUACUUUACACUUGUGAAUCUCCUUGUAAAUUUUCCUAGCUGCUGCUGUCCUUAGAAAUUGAGAGGGAUCAUUUGCCCCCAAAGAUAUCCUGGAAACACACAGUUCCAUAAUCAGAGUCCUAAUGUGCCUGGCUAGCUGGUGGUGAGCAGGGGCGUUGGGGCCAGAGUGGUAGGCUCCCAAGGAAACCCCUUUGAAACCAAUGGAUGCAUUCACGGGCUCGGGUCUCAAGAGGAAGUUUGAUGAUGUGGAUGUGGGCUCAUCAGUUUCCAAUUCAGAUGAUGAGAUCUCCAGCAGUGACAGUGCUGACAGCUGCGACAGCCUCAAUCCUCCUACAACUGCGAGCUUCACACCCACAUCCAUCCUGAAGCGGCAGAAGCAGCUGCGGAGGAAGAAUGUACGCUUUGAUCAGGUGACUGUAUACUACUUUGCCCGGCGCCAGGGAUUCACCAGUGUGCCCAGCCAGGGUGGCAGCUCUCUGGGCAUGGCCCAGCGCCAUAACUCUGUGCGGAGCUACACACUCUGUGAGUUUGCUCAAGAGCAGGAGGUGAACCAUCGGGAGAUUCUUCGUGAGCACCUGAAAGAGGAGAAACUCCAUGCCAAGAAGAUGAAGCUGACCAAGAAUGGGACGGUGGAGUCGGUGGAGGCCGAUGGCCUGACACUGGAUGAUGUCUCAGAUGAAGAUAUCGAUGUGGAAAACGUGGAGGUGGAUGAUUACUUCUUCCUGCAACCUCUGCCCACCAAACGGCGACGGGCCCUGCUGAGGGCUUCUGGGGUCCAUCGCAUUGAUGCUGAAGAGAAGCAAGAACUUCGCGCCAUCCGCCUGUCCCGGGAAGAGUGUGGUUGUGACUGUCGACUGUACUGUGACCCAGAAGCAUGUGCCUGUAGCCAGGCUGGGAUUAAGUGCCAGGUGGAUCGUAUGUCCUUUCCAUGCGGCUGCUCCCGCGAUGGCUGUGGGAACAUGGCUGGGCGCAUUGAAUUUAAUCCAAUCCGGGUCCGGACUCAUUACCUCCACACCAUCAUGAAGCUGGAGCUGGAGAGCAAGCGGCAGGUGAGCCGCCCGCCAGCCCCAGAUGAGGAGCCUUCACCCACUGCCAGCUGCAGCCUGACAGGAGCGCAAGGCUCUGAGACACAGGACUUCCAGGAGUUCAUUGCUGAAAACGAGACAGCAGUGAUGCACCUCCAGAGUGCGGAGGAACUGGAACGGCUCAAGGCAGAGGAAGACUCCAGUGGCUCUAGUGCCAGCCUGGACUCGAGCAUUGAGAGCCUGGGUGUGUGCAUCCUGGAGGAGCCCUUGGCGGUCCCUGAAGAGCUGUGCCCAGGCCUCACAGCCCCUAUUCUUAUCCAGGCUCAGCUGCCCCCAGGUUCCUCUGUCUUAUGUUUUGCCGAGAACUCGGACCACCCAGCUGCCUCAACGGUGAACAGCCCAUCCUACUUGAACAGUGGGCCCCUGGUCUAUUAUCAGGUGGAGCCAAGGCCAGUCUUGGGGGUGAAGGGAGAGCCUGGUACAGAAGAAGUCCCACCCUCUUUCCCCAAAGAGAAGGAUCUGAGUGUCUUCUCUCUCCCUGUUACCUCACUGGUGGCUUGUAGCCCCACAGACCCAGCUGCCCUCUGCAAAUCAGAGGUGGGGAAAACCCCCACUCUAGAAGCACUAUUGCCUGAAGAUUGUAACCCAGAGGAGGUUGAGAAUGAUGACUUCCACUCCUCCUGGGCUCCCUCAAACCUUCCCUUCCACACGGACAGUGAAGAGGGCUGUCAGGUGGAGAAGACUUCACAGCAGAGUGAGGACCGGCCUCCUGAGGACUCUUCCCUAGAACUCCCUAUGACAGUGUGAUGUGGGAAUGGAGAUUCAGCCUCCUACCCAUUCUCUAUUUAUUCCCUUAUUUUAUCUUAACGCCAUUUCAAAACAAAACUGUAGAAGCAGUUGCUGCUCCCAUGUUAUUUUAUUGGGGUCUAUGAGAAAUGGGUGGGAAGGAUUGUUUGUACAAGUAUUUUUUAAAAGGGAAACAGAACCAAGGAGACCAGCCCCACUUUUGGUCUAGGGGUAGGGUCUUGGGGCAGGUGAGUCUGCAUAGUGCUGAAUACUCUUUCUGGGCCAUUGGAACAAAGAACUGGAUUUCACCGUAGAAGCUGGGUAAUCCAAGCAGCUAUUCUUUACAUAGGGACCAGAACACGAAAAUGUGAACAGCAUGGCAAAGCCCCUUCUCUUCUUCUGAGCUCCAGAUGGGGGACAAGCACAUUUUUCACAGUGGUUACUCUGAUAAUCCCAUUUUGGUGUAUUGUAAUAAUACAAGUGGAAAUGUCACCUUGUUGAAUCUAGAGAGGAAGGGAGUGGAAGGGUUGCUGCUUCUGUAUAAAACCUCCAGGAUUCAUACAAAUAUAAUCUGUCCUCCUCCCACCCCCUAUUUGGUAAAUAAGUUAAUAUUUGACAUGUUUGAUGUUUUCUGACCUGUUCCCCACACUGGGGAUUCCUGGUCUGUAACUUGAAUUGUUUCUUUCACGUGUUCUUAGGUACUAGAAUUAAGCUUGUCUGUUUGCCUUUUUCCCCCCAAUCCUUUAUCCUUUGAUGAAAAAGAGAGAGAUUGGUGGGCACAUGGCAAUCUCAGCUUCAGAUUGGGGCUCACACAUCCCACAGGAGGGCUUAUUGGAGCAUUAAAAUCUAUGUCAAAGGAGACAGCAGGAACAGGCUGCCGUCUGGAAAGAGGAUGACUUUGUGCCAUGUUUGCGUUUCCACCCAGGUUCCUGCCCCCCUCCUCUUUUGGGAGAUCUGAGCUUUAAUGGAAUGUAGCAUAUGGCAGUCAAAGCUAUCAACUAGAUUUUAUUUUUUUUCUACCCUCAGUCCUUGGAUAUACAGGGUUAGAGAGUCCUUGUACUAUUCCAGUUCACUCCCAAAGAACUGGAUGUUUGCAAAUGCUUUUUGAACUCUCCAUCUUAAUGAUAUAUUAAAAACUGGAGGCCAAACCAAUUCCAAAAUGCCACAGACAGGUUCCAAAAGAUUAAAAUCUGAUGAUAAUCUUUGAAAUCCAUAGAAUGGGACUUGAAUUCAGUUCUUAUCUCUAUCCAGGGGGGGAGAGGGGGGAUAUGGUUCCUGUUGUGUCCAGCUUAUGUUCAAGGAUCUGUUCCAUCGAAUACCACUGAAUUGUUUUAUUAGCAAAGUUAUCCUUGCCUCUGUUUUAAAAUGGGGGUAGUAGUGAGCAAAACACUUAACUUCAUCAUCCUUUACAUCAUGCUUCAUUUUUGGUAUGGUUUAUUUAACCAGGAAAGAAGUGAAAGACUUUUCUGCGGGUGGGGGGGGUGGGGGCGUGGAGAUAACUGUUUCUGCGUACCUUGCUCAUAAAGCCAUUUCUUGUGGGCUAGCAAGGCCCUGGUAUGUUAAAACCACCUUCAUGUAUGGUACAGCAGCAUUUUACCUAUAAAAUCUCUCAACGCUGAGCCUGGAAGGUCUUGUGCUUAAUACAGAUAAAUCUUUAAAUUCAUUCUGCCGCUCCUCCUCAUUCCUGUUUUUGAUUGGCUUAAUGUUUGGAGAGGGGUUCUUAAGUACAGGAGUCCCUAUCACUCCCCAUCCCCUAGCCGCACAAGACAGAUUUGAGAGUCUAAGCACCUGAGAUUGAGGUGCUAUCACAGACUGAGUUACACUCCUCCACUUUAGCUUGGUGCCCUCAAAUCUUAUUGAAAGUCUGUAUUGGAAGGGAGGCUGCGCUGUACACAUUCCCUCCCCAGUGAGGCUCCAGCCUCCUCUAGGGAAGUGGACUCCAGCUUCUCUGUAAGAGCCAUUAGCCUUUGAAAUCAAACCGGGAGUUUGACUUUGUAAUUAAGUCCAUUUCCAACCCAUAAGAUACUUGAUUUUUCUGAAAAACUGUAGUUUCUUACUAUGACUCUCUUCAUUAACUACAAUUUUGACUCACUCUGAUCCCAAGCUUUUGAAUGCUAAAUAUUAAUAUUUAGCAUUAACUGUCUUGUCAAGCAAAGGGCCUUUUCUACAGCCUGGUCCAUCUCAUUUCUGGUGCUACUUGAGUUGGACAGGAGAAUUGUUGCUCAUGGUUGCUAGGUCGCUGAUCACAGAAGCAGAUAGCAUCAACCCUGCUCUGUCUAGGCCUAGAUAAAAGAAACGACUUUGAAACUUAAUUUUCCAAUUUCCUUUCUUACAUACUAUACACAGGUAGUAUUUUCAAUGUGAAUCCAAAGCUUGUCAGUUCUCUGAAAAAAAAAAAAUUUUUUUUUUUUGGCUUUUAGGUCCCUUACUUUGUGAUAAUGCUGUAUUUAAAGAGAAUAUUUAAAUGUAAUAUUAAAGAAAUAUUCAAAAGA